UUUUUCCUUCUUUAUCUGAUAUGUGAAGGAAGACAGAAAACCUCAGGCACCCGUCCAAAAGAUGUUUCCAACAAAGCCAUUGCAAGGCAUAGUACACCAAGUAAUAUCAGUUAUGCUUCAAAACCGACCCUUUGAUGCUCAACUUGCUUCUUCAACAAUCUCAAAUCCAUGGACAACUGAUUCAGUUUCAGACAUCUUAAGAUCCGUUCCAAGGUUCUUUUUUCAAUCCCCUCGUUCCAUCGGCCGCCAAAGGGGUUUUCGCCACCGUGCUCCUUUAAAGCAAAGAAACCUUAAACAAGAGAAAUUUAAGGUUUCCCACAAUAUUCUUGUCCUUGGACCUGCUGCUUAUAGAAACCCAGAAAGAGUAGCCUUGGGAUUACAUAAAGCAAUGGAGUUCUAUCUCUGGGUAGAAAACUUUUUCGUGUUUUCCCAUGAUGAGAAAACUUGCAAAGAAAUGGCCUUGGUUUUAGCUAAAGGUAAUAAUUUGAACGGUCUAUGGCAGUUUCUAAAGGAAAUGUCUAGGAUUGAAAAUGAGAGGCUAGUUACUACUUCGACCAUCACCUGUUUGAUUAAAGUCCUAGGAGAAGAAGGGUUGGUUAAUGAAGGACUGGCUUGCUUUUAUAGAAUGAAGCAGUUUCAUUGCAAACCCGAUGUUGUCUCGUAUAAUGUGAUUAUUCAUGCUCUUUGUAGAGUGGGAAAUUUUAAUAAAGCAAGGUUCUUGUUGGAACAAAUGGAGCUACCUGGUUUUAAAUGUCCACCAGAUGUGUAUACUUACACGAUUUUGAUAAGUUCUUAUUGUAAGUUCGGUAUGCAAACCGGAUGUCGAAAGGCAAUUCGAAGGAGGCUUUAUGAGGCGAAUCACUUGUGUGAGAUGUUGUUUAAGGGUUUUGUUCCUGAUGUUGUGACUUAUAAUUGUUUGAUCGAUGGUUGUUGUAAGACGAAUCGAAUCGAAAGGGCUUUGGAACUUUUUGAAGACAUGAAUAAAAGAAAUUGUGUUCCAAACCGGAUCACGUAUAAUUCUUUCAUUAGGUACUAUUGUGUUGUUAACGAGAUUGAUAAAGGUAUCGAGAUGCUCCGGAAGAUGCAACGGAUGAAUCAUGGGGUAGCAACAAACAGUUUGCAUACUCCGAUUAUACAUGCUCUGUGUGAAGCUGGAAGAGUGUUGGAAGCUAAGGAUUUUCUUUGUGAGUUGAUUGCUGGGGGCUCUAUCCCAAGAGAGUAUACAUAUAAGUUAAUCUGUGAUGCACUGAAUUCAGCAGGGGCAACCAAUUUGAUUGAUGAUGAGCUGCAUAAAAGACUAAGAGAUGGAAUCGAGAGUCGAUGUAGACAAGUGAAGAAGGUGAAACAUGUAACGAGUUGCAUACGGACAAUGAGGACCGUGGAGGAAGUUUAGUUUUCAAGUUAAAAAAGGUA